UGGAGCAGCCAUACUUCGUCCAUCCACACAGGUAAACAUCCACCUCCCUCUUUACCCACCUACCCAUUCAUUCAUCGGUGUAAUCUCUGUCCACCCGACCACACAUCCGUCCAUCACUCACUCCUCUUAUCUCUGCGAGCUCGCGCCGAAGCCUGCCUGAGGAGAGCGUUUUCUCACUCUGACAGCCCAAAAGUCAGCGUGCUCUUGAGGCUGACAGGAAGCCGGUCAGAUAGGAGCAG